AUGGACCGGCACACCUUGCUCACGUUACACGACAGAGUGGUCACUCGCAAUCCCAGGUACAAGAUCACGCACAACAAUUACAGAACGUGGUGGUUGCAGAUACUGAAUGUCAAUGAGUCCGAUUCAGGACACUACAUGUGUCAAGUCAAUACAUCUCCAAUGAAGAACCUCGUGGGAAAGAUUCAAGUGGUCGUUCCUCCUAAAAUUUCUGAGAAUGUGACAAGUUCGGACACAGAUGUUCGAGAAGGUUCUGACGUCUCUCUGAGGUGCGAAGCAAAGGGAUCGCCCCUCCCACAAGUGAAGUGGAGAAGAGAAGACGAGAAAGACAUCACAAUAGGCUCCAAAAAAGUUCCCACUGUGGAAGGAGAAUUUUUAAAUAUAACGAAAACGAGUAGAUUGCAUAUGGCUGCCUACCUCUGUAUAGCAUCCAAUGGUAUUCCUCCAGCGCUUACGGCUGGUGCAACUGGUGGUCCAGAAUAG